UGCUCCGCGCUUCACACUGGUACCUCUCCUGUCGUGUCAACCGAGGCUAGCACAGCAUCACCACCUUCUUCUCUAUCCCCCUUCUGUAUUUUCUGUAAUUUUUUUCCGUCGUUUUCCCGACAUUCCUCGGGACAACAAUCUCCUUUUUUUUUUUUACUAUUUUUUCUUCGACCAGGAAGCGUUUCGGUGGCCGCUCCAGCCGUCGUGCCGCAUCAGCCGGGGGGGGGGGGGGAAGAAAAAACAUCCAUCCGCGACGACGAGGAGGAGGCAGGUUGCGAACACAGCAACGCCCAUUUUGACACCUCCCGUCUCGCUGCCGUCUACGCGCACGGCGUUUUAGUGUCUUUUCUAUGUCCGCUUGUUUAUAUCGAAGAGGCCUUUUCCUCACGUAGCCUACACCGUCGGUUCCCAGCGCGUCGUUAACGUCUCCGAGUGGCGGCGGAUAUCAACCGGGAGCUGGGGAGCCGUGGACCUCCAUGCUCUUCUACAUGCAGCGCAGCUCGAUCACGUUUCUGCAGACGGCAUCCGUGGCCUUAUCGUCCCACAUAUUCCCGAGGUUCUCUUCCGCGUCUUCCGGCAUCCCCCGCCUCUUCCGCUGAGGGCCUCCCCCCUCCCCUUCCGGACUCCUCAUUCUCCUCUCGGUCUCCCGCCAUUGCGUCCAGCUGUGGCCCUCGCAGGGCGCGCUCGCUGGCUCCCACCUGACAGGUCCUUGGCCUCAGGACGACAGCCAGCACCUGCAAUCCCCCUACAUGAGGGACAAGGCGACGCAGACCCCCAGGGCCUGGGCAGAUGAGAGGAGGAGGGGCUCUCACAAACGCUCGGCCUCCUGCGGGAGCACCGACCAGCUCAAGGAGAUUGCCAAAUUGCGUCAGCAGCUCCAGCGCAGCAAACGAAGCAGCCGCCAUCGGAGGGAUAAAGACCGCAAGUCCCCAUUCAAUGGCAGCCACACCAUCAUCCAGUCGCAGUCAUCAAUGCCCAAGACCAUCCUGAUCCCCAUCCCCAUCUCCAAGUCAUCGGCCCCUCGUUUCCGCAACAGCGUGGAGGGCCUUAACCAGGAGAUCGAACGCAUCAUCAUCCGAGACACGCCUGAGAAGGACGAGACCAUUGUUCCACAGGACGUCCCAGAUGGGCACCGCGCGCCCCCACCGGUCCCCCCACGGCGCAGCAGCAGCACCCGCAGCAUCGACACGCAGACCCCCUCAGGGGGCGGCCUGAGUGGUAACCAUAGCAACAGCAGUAGCCGCCCCGACUCCAUUUCGCCCUCCUACCUCACCGUCCUCAAUGACACGGGUGGAGGCAGCCCCUAUGAGGACAAAGAGUUGGGCCCCUGCUCCCCGCUGCCCAAGUACGCCGCCUCUCCCAGACCCAACAACAGCUACAUGUUCAAGAGGGAACCUCCAGAGGGCUGCGAGAAGGUCAAAGUGUCCGAGGAGACCAUGCUCAAACCCCUGCAGGAGCUCCCACCCUUCCUGUGUCCCGACCGCAACAAGGUUAACUUCAUCCCCAACAGCGGCUCCGCCUUCUGCCUCGUCAGCAUCCUCAAGCCCUUGCUGCCCACCCCGGACCUGAGCUUUCGCUCCGCGGUGGGCCUCCGCAGCCAUUCCCCGUCCCUCGUGCCUCUGUCCACCCAGCCCUGCCUGCUGGAGGAGCCCGAGAGCUUCUGACGGCCCACGACGGCUUUAAAGUCAACGCCCCCCAACCCCUAGACAAAAGAAACCCCGCCUACUUUACCAGAUCAGAAACCCUUCUGCUCCAAAAAAAUAAAAUAAUUAAAAAAUGCCUUCAGCAUGCCAGCUAAGCUCUCUCCUCCUCAGACGACCACCACGCGAGAGUCCUGCAGCGCGAGCGCGGCUAACAUUUCAUCGCUUUCUUCUACCUUCAGUGCUGGAUAUGUUCCUGUUUUUUCGGGGGAGGAGAAAAGGGACAGACUCUUUGAUUUCAUCGUAUUAUACCAUGGCGCCUUUCCACGGACAUAUCUCUUUUUUCUAUCUGUAGUUAUUUAUCUUGAUGUAUAAAAUAUGCCUUCCAUUAUUUGAAACGAAGAAUGAAGAGGAAAAAAAAGGGUUGUUGGUUUCCUUGGCGACCAAGAGUUUGGAGGCUAAUUAAUUGGUGCUGCCAGAUAUAACGUAGCAAAACUUGAACGGUCGCGACGAGGAGACGUUGGAAAUGUGCCUGAUAUUUCAGACUGCUCAGUUUCGCUAAAGCGGCGCGGUACUCAGAUCAUGUCCGUUUGUCGAGCACUGCGGCGGCCAUAGAUACAUACAGAGGCGGGGAAGUGAGGUGGUCCUCAUAAACAAUCCAUAUUUAGACCACCUAAAGUGACUUAAAUCCAGAAGUCUGUUGUGUACUUCUAUCAGCCGUUUACUGGUACAAGCUGAUGCCUCCGACGCGUAAACUGGUAGCAGGGAGCUGAUUACACCGCCCCCUGCUGGCCAGCGUGUGUAUCUAUGGGAAACGCGGGCCAGGGCUAUGACAUGUGCAGCGUGUUCCACCCGUGUCCGCCUGCCCCCCUUCUUCCUCAGCGCCCCCUCUUUUUAAUCCACUACAACUCCAUCCCCUUCUGUUCCUCCUUUUUAUUUCCAGCUCUCGCUUUCAUUUUUUUUCCCUCGCAGAUUUUCUCUUGUGUCUUGCUCUGCUAGUAUCGUGAAAUGUGUCCAGACAGAAGGGGGGGGGGAUGGGGGGUGAUGAUCCCAAAUACACCGAAGACCACGUGGGUACACAAGUAUCCAACAUUAAAGACCCUGCAAAUUUGGUGUUACAAGUAUUUGUCCCAAUCUUUGAGCUGCACUUGUCAAUAUACAGUUGGACGAAUCAAAUGAGGAAAAUCUUCUCCUGGCUGCAGUUCACCUUUAGCGUCUUUCUGCUCCUUGUUUUGGUUCAUUUGAGGUCUUACAUUCUUUUGAAUUGAAACCCUGAGCUGAAAGUGACAUACAUACAAUGUGAUUGACGUCCGUGCUCCGACUCCUCCCUCCUGUAAAUGUCUUUACUACUAGGAAUGUACUGGAUCUGUAAAUAACGAGGCACACUGUGUUUGUAUUAUCAACUGACAAAGAUAUGUAUCUGAAUGAGUCAACAAUUGUACCAUACCCUUCUGUCUUUUUCUCUGCUGAUUACUGUGAAUUACAACAUGUCUCAUUAUUGUGUAUAAUAAUGUAUUUAUUUAUCAGGAGUGUAAUUGGGGUCUCCAGAGAAUUUGAACCGAGAAUAGAUUACAUCACCCAUCUCAGGUUGUAGUGGAUAAGACACACGCAAGAUGUACUAACGCUAAGUCUACAAUACUAGGAAGGGAGCAGACCAACAGCUGCUACCCACGUAGCCGAGUUCCACUUGCUGGUAAAACAAUCACACACCGACGCGGUCCCAUUUGUCUUUUUUUUUUUUUUAAAGACUUCUGUUUACAAAAAUAAAAAAAGUAGUUUAAAAGAGAAGAUUCAUUAUUUUUUUCAAUUUCCUUCUCAGUGAAUAAACAGCAUUUUUGGAACCGAGCUCAACGCGACAAAAAUUCUCAACAAUGAUUUCUUUGUUUGCUUGUCCAGUUUAUUGGAAACAGAACUGCCAAGUUUUAAUCUGUUCCCUUCAGUGAAAUAAAAAGGCAUAGUUGAAUUAAAUAAAGCAUUUGUGAUUGACUUG